AAAUAUGUACCACUUCGGAUAAAUAUGUGUGACAAGAAAGUUCUACUUUUCAGUAAGGUAUUCUCCUUGGUGAAGAGAGUUUGAAAAGAUUUUCGUCAAUUUGCGAGCAAAACUUAUUUAGAUAAAAUGGAAGAAAAAAUUCGUGCGGAAUCGCAUAAAGUGAUCGAGAAAGCCUUCAACCGAACGGAGCGGAGGGGCAGCAUAGCUCCAGAUGAGGUGAAAAAAUUAAUCACGGAAAUGCAGCCCGGAUGGGAAAUUAAUGCUUCGGAGUUGGAGCAAGAAAUUGCUAAUGCGGAAAGAUCAGGAACUGGAAAAGUGGAUUGGGGUGGAUUCAACAAGGUCGCUAUGCACUUUUUCAUGAAACAAUCCAAACAAUUGCAGGAUCAGUUCAUCCACAAACACGAAGUUGGAUCAAGCGACUUUGAGGCUCCGCCAAAUAAGCUGGAGUAAACAAAUAAUUUAAGCUUUAACAAAACCUAUUACAUGAAAAAGUUGUCUUUAUUACUGCUACCAGGCAAAUAUGUAACUCAGCUCAACUUAUUUAAAUAUGUAGAAUUAUAGCCUAAAUUGUUAGACUUUUGUGAAGAUUGAGAAAAUAAAUAAAUUGAAUUUUGGUAAGAGCACAGAAAAUUA